ACUCCUUAAUUUCUUGCGUCUUUCUCAGUCACAUCCAUCUCCUCCCGUACGUCUCAUUGAUGAACGCACCUCCCCCUGCACCCCCACACACUUCAACUUCAUUUAUAUAUAUUAAGUAGUACACACACACACACACACAGAUAUAUAUGUAUAUAAGAAUAAGAAAGCCAUAUCGAUCACCACUUUUAACGUUACCCAUCAAUUUUGUGCUCUCUCUCCAACCAAACCAAACCAAACCAAACCUGAGCGUGCCUCUCCUCUCUGUCUCUCUCCAGUAAUGGCGGAUAUAGACUGCAGUCAGUUGUCGAAGCCGCCGCUAAAGCUCUUCGGCAUCGAUAUCUCAUCUUCAUCGGAAUUCACAGAAGUAGACAGCACCAACACCGGCUCAGAUGCCCCGACCAAGUCCCCAUCCGACGGCCGCAAGUUCGAGUGCCAGUACUGCUGCCGUGAGUUCGCUAACUCUCAGGCGCUCGGCGGCCACCAGAACGCCCACAAGAAGGAGCGCCAGCUGCUCAAGCGCGUCCAGAUGCAGGCCGCGCGUCGGAAUCCGGCCCCACCGCUCGUCCCUUGCAACCCCUUUGUGGCAACGUUCACGCCGCCGCCCCACCUCAUUGCCCAUGCCCAUGCAACUGGCAGUGCAGGCCCAGCCUCCCCGUGGCAGCUGUACCUUCCACAAAGUGGGGCCGCCAUGCUGGCCCAUGGGCUGCAGGCGCGCGGUGGGAGCUUUCCGGCUCUCAGAAGCUUGGCCGGAGGAGAUGGUACUAAUGGUGGUGGUGGUGGUGGGCAGGGAAGGCAGGUCUUAGAGAAGGGUAUGGGCUUGGACUUGCAACUGGGUCUCGGGCCUGGUGCUUCAUGGUCGUGAUUUUUUUCAUUGAUGAUGAUCUUAUUUUUGUCCUUCUUUGGUUAAUGUUUAACCCGAUCCACUCGUAAGUUUGGUGGAUUUGGAGUUACACGGCUCUACAAAGUCGAUUAUUGUUGCAUCAAAAUGUUUUUAAGAAUUCAAAUCACUGAGACGACGGAGCCACCGCAAA